CCAGAGCUCACACCAGAGGAGAUCAAGAAGGAUUUUGACACCUUCAAAGCCCAGUUUAAAGCCUCGCCAUGUCGUAAGGCUCUCCAUAAAAUCGUCUUAAACUUUGUCCUGGACAGUUUCAAUGAUGGAAACUUCGAGCCUGUUGAUGAGGCUAUUUGUCUGGGCAUUGGUUCCUUUGACCCGCCUGAUGGAAGCUGGCAGCUCAAGAAAAGGGCACAUACGCAACUUGCCGCCAUGCUGCAUAUGGUCAAAUUACUAGAGAAAGAAACCUGCUGCGAGCCCAUCAGCUGCAUCUUCCAGGAGCCCGCCUUCACCUCCAGCGACAUUGCCUUUCUCACUGCAAUGGGCCAUAAGGUGGUCGAUUCUCCCAUUGCCAGUGACUCAGUCGGCGCUGGCACCUUCUUCUUCGGACCGCACUUGUAUAGAGACGUCUAUGCCAUGUCUCUCAAGGGUGAUUUGCCAGCAAUCUGGGUGGGCACUGGUUGGGAUAUCUGGCAAGAUGUCAUCAUCGGGUCAUUGGAAGAAGACGAAGAACCCCUACUCGCUAUCAAGGAGAUGGAAGAGACGUAUAAGAGAGUCCCGUUCCCAGAGGUUGAUAAAGAGAGUACAAUCUUUCACGGAACUUCAGUCUACUUCCGA